ACCUCCUCCCAGACCUCCUCCUCCUCCUCCUCUUGUGAGGCUACUUCGCCAGAUGGUGUAGUCUUUUUCUUUUGUUUACCCAUCGCCUCAGAGUUUACCUAACAAACCUUAGCGACAGAACUAUGGGAUGUCUCUGAGCAGCAUGACCGCUGGACACAGACACGAGGAAGGACUGACACCAUGAUGGGACCACUCACAAAGCUGUGUUAGAGCUUGAGCCCUGCUUCUCACCCAUGUGCUGCAUUCUGAGCUGCUGCUCAUUUUUUCAAAGCAGCCCAGCUGUAAAGACAUCGAACAUGUCUCCAACAAAGGAUGUGAAAUGAUCAAUUGAAACUCAUCCGAUCAAUGGAAAAGAGAAGGUUUCCUGGCACAAUGUCCAGGCAGGUGGAUUCGUCGUCCAAGAGACGCCCCUGUGUUGGAAGCGGGCUGACAUUCCCUCAGCCUCCCCAGCUUGCCUCCACCGUCCAGUAUGGCCGCAUUCAGGCUGUGGAGGUUGCGAGAGGAAGAACAGGGUAUGGCUUCACACUGACAGGCCAAAGUCCUUGUGUCCUCAGCUGCAUCCUUAAAGGAAGUCCCGCAGACUACGUGGGGCUGCGCUCAGGAGACUGCAUCCUCUCUGUCAAUGACAUAAAUGUCUCCAAGGCGUCGCACGAAGAUGUCGUCAAACUGAUUGGACGUUGCUCUGGCAUUUUAAAGCUGGUCAUUGCUGAGGGCGAGCGCCAUCGGCGCCACCCUCAUCGGGCCGCCGGCAGUCGCCAUCACAGCAGUAACGCGAUGACGGUGGCCUACCUGGAUUCCUGCUCCAGUGAUGACGAGCUGGAUGUUUUUUACAAUAACGGUGUGGGCAACAAUAAUGGCCGGCCAGGCUGUGGAACGAAAGGAGGCUGGUACCAACCCAAACUGGAUUCCAAGCAGCUUGGCAUCAACAGAGCAGAGAAGGUGGUGGCCGAGUUGCAAUCUGGAGGAAUCUUCAACAUGAUCUUUGAAAAUUCCAGCCACUCCUCCAGCAGCUCGGACAAGGACAGGCCCGGGGUGAGCUCGUCCUCAAAGCCGCGUCAGAUGUCCGAUCCGGAGUUCAACCCAUACCGCAAUGCCUCCUGUACCCAGAGCAACCCCAACCUGCUCUCUGAGGAGGAGAUGGCCCAGGUGCUGAAUGAUGACUCUGUCUUCCUGGAGUCCGACUUCCGUCACCUCCACAUUCACCACCACGAAGAGCAAGAUAUGGAUGUUGGAGAAGGGGCUGACUUUGGUCUUGAGCCCAGCGAGGGAAUACUUAACGUGGGGAUGAUUGUUGGGUACCUCGGCUCCAUCGAGCUCGCCUCAACAGGAACCAGCCUGGAGAAUGACAGUCUGCAAGCCAUCAGAGGGAGCAUGAGGCGCCUCAGGGCCGAGCAGAAGAUUCAUUCAUUGGUCCUCAUGAAGGUCAUGCACGACAGCGUACUCCUGUGCAGCGACAGAGGUCAGGUCUUGGCCACCUACCCUGCAGAAAAACUCGCCUUCAGCGCCUGUUGUCCUGAUGAUCGCCGAUUCUUCGGAUUGGUAACCAUGCAAGCCACGGAUGACGACGAUGAUCGCCACUUCAGCAACGGGCGAGACGACGAAGGAAAUUUAAGGACUUCAUGUCACGUGUUCAUCGUGGAUCCAGAACUAUGUCAUCACCAGGUCCAUUUAGGGGUGGCCAGGAGGUUUGGCUUUGAGUGCACCCCCGACCCAGACACAGGAGGCUGCCUGGAGUUCCCACCCAGUUCUCAGCCUCUACUCCACUUUGUUUCUGUCCUCUACCGAGACAUGGGGGAUAACAUCGAGGGGGUCCGGGCCCGCGCCUUCCACGAUCCGGACAACGACGCCCAACAGAACCACAGCACCAGCAGUAACAGCGAUAGUGGAAUCGGCAACUUUUUACCCGAGGAGAAGAGCAACCGAGUCCUUUUGGUGGAUCUCGGGGGCCCUCCCAGUCACAACCACAUGUCCGGGGCCCGCCAAUGGGACAGCCCGCCCUCCUCUCAGCAGGCCUGGAGCCCCAUCCUCGGAGCUGCCGCCUCCCACCCCCCUCCGCCCCCCCCUCCUCCUCCGAUGCUUAGAAACGGUCACUACCUCCACGACCCGCACCUCGCCGACCUCCCGCACCCUCUCCCCCUGGCUCACCCUGACCUGCCAAGCAGACUCUCACAAGGACUCAAUGUGCAUCACUACCCGGCGAGGAAGCUGGGUGGAGCUAUAGGGGGAGGAGACAGGAGAGGAGGAGGAGGAGUAGGAGUAGAGCCUCAGAGGUGGCUGCCAGUCCAUGUGCUGAGAGACUGGCGUCAGCAGCACCAGCACCACCACAGCCACUUCCAGGGCCUGAGCAGCGAUCAGGAGUCGUACGCCGAGUCCACCGACGGAUGGUCAUCAGCCAACUGCAGCACCCUGCCCCCGCCCAUGAAUAAGAUCCCUGCCGACCGCUACCGGGCCCCGCUGGCCCCAGGGGACCACAUGCAUCCACCUGGUGUCAGUCAUCCUCCCUCUCCUCCGCCUCCCCCUCCCCCUCCUGCACAAAUCCACAGCCACCGGCUGGCUGCUCAGAAAGACGAGUGGGCCAAGAAACUGUUCGGCGCUGGAGACCGGGAGCGCAACGGAGCACGGCGAGCCGAAAGAGAGAAGAAACGAGAGGUGAACUCAAAGGAGGGAGAGAAAAAGGGUGGUCGGUUUCGGGGCUUGACGAUGGGGUUCCCUCCUCUGCCGCAGCGCUCCUCAGCCAGACGCUCCUUUGGGCGCUCCAAACGUCUCAGCAUGGCCCGCUCCCUGGACAACUUGGAGUCCGCUGCAGUCUCUGAUGGAGAGCUGAACAGCGUGGAGCUGCAGGGCUGCAGCAGCGACAACAGUCUGAACAGUAAUGCCAGCCUGCCCAGCGUCCAGAGUCACCGGCGCCACACCGAGAGGAGGGUGGCCAGUUGGGCCGUCUGCUUCGAGCGGCUGCUGCAGGACCCUGUAGGAGUCCGCUACUUUUCGGAGUUUCUAAAGAAGGAGUUCAGUGAGGAGAACAUUCUGUUCUGGCAGGCCUGUGAAUUCUUCAGCCAUGUUCCUGAGAAUGACAACAAGCAGCUCUCGCAGCGUGCCAGAGAGAUCUACAACAGCUUCCUUUCCAGUAAAGCAACGACACCGGUCAACAUCGACAGUCAAGCCCAGCUUGCUGACGAUAUCCUCAACGCGCCAAAACCGGACAUGUUCAAGGAGCAGCAGCUGCAGAUCUUUAACCUGAUGAAGUUUGACAGCUACACGCGAUUCCUCAAGUCUCGGCUGUAUCAGGAGUGCAUGCUGGCUGAGGUGGAGGGCAGACCGCUUCCUGACCCCUAUCACAUCCCCAGCAGCCCAACGUCAAAGCACAGCACCACCGGCUCCGACCGCUCCAACCUCUCCACUCCCAAGAAGGAGGACAAGAAGACCAAAUCAGGGCGAUCUUUGAACGAAGACAGUCGGGAUGACUCAGGAGACCGGAGGAAGGGCAUGUUUUUUUCGUGGUCCCGAAACAGGAGCUUUGGCAAAGGCCCCAAAAAGCGGGAGCUGGCUGAUUUUAAUUACAGCACCAACGGUCGUCGGGAGUCCCAGGGUUCACUGUCCUCCGGAGCGAGUCUGGAACUGGGGACGUCAGGUUCGGGGAAGAAUGAGCAUGAUAUUUCCCGUGGCGCCGCAUCAGAACGAGGAGGAAGCAGCGCCCCCUUGAGGCAAUGUAACAUUAGCUUGCCAGAUGGCUCGUGUUGCCCGGUGCCUCUUCGGCCCGGCAUGUCAAUCAGAGACCUGCUGCAGGCCCUUUGUGACAAACUCUGCAUCAACCUGGCAGCUAUCGACCUUUUCCUUGUCGGAGGAGAGAAGCCUCUUGUUUUGGACCAAGACUGUAUGACCCUCAGCUCUCGAGACUUGAGAUUAGAAAAGCGCACUCUGUUCAGGCUUGACUUGGUGCCCAUCAACCGCUCUGUGGGUCUGAAGGCUAAACCAACUAAACCAGUGACUGAGGUCUUGAGGCCUGUUGUGGCCAAAUAUGGCCUGCACCUCUCUGACUUAGUGGCACGUAUAAGUGGCGAGUCGGAACCUUUAGAUCUCGGGCUUCCUAUUUCCAACCUGGAUGGCUUGCGAGUUGUGUUAGACAUUGAAGAAAACGCCAUAGGGAAAGUUUGGUUUCCUCACACAGAUAAAAUCAAAGCAGCUCAGAGUCACCUUCCGGCUUCUGCGAGCAGGAACCAGUCAGCAACACACCACUGGUUUCCACCGCUUGUCAUUGCUUCCUCCGAUACGUGCACCGCUGUGACUCAUCAGGGCUCUAAUGCCCCACUCCGCUCUUCGUGUGGCCCCCAGGGGGACGACAGGCCAACAAGGAAAGGCGGUUCAGCCCACCCCCAUGGGGAAAAUGGCAAGGGUGGGCCUGGCCCCGGCACAAGCAGCCAGCCCCUACCCAACCACUCUGUCUCUCUGCAUAAGGCUCCGGGGAAAAGAAAGCAGAAAAAGAUUAAUAUAGACGAAGCUGAAGAGUUCUUCGACCUCAUAUCCAAAGCUCAGAGCAACCGGGCCGACGACCAGCGAGGCCUGCUGAACAAGAGCGACCUUCAGCUGCCGGACUUUCUGCGCCUCACACCAACCAGCCCGACGACGGCUCCUCCCCGCAACCCCGAGCCCAUCUGCUCCACCCCGAAUUCCCGCAAUAGCAACAAUGGCGGCUUCCCCAGCAGCAGCCACCGGGGAAACAAGGGAAAUGGUAAUCACAGGGGCGGCGUGGUCAGUGGCUCGUACCUGCUCAGUGCGAGCCAUCAGUCGCAGAGCUUGGACUCAGCGCUGGGCGCAGAGUGCGGAGGUGGCAGAAAAACCAGACCGCCCCCUCCAUUUCCAGCCACCGUCUCCCCCAUCCAGUCAACCCGACCCGGCGCGCAGGGUCUCUUCCAGGACUCAGCCAGAGGGGAAUCGAUCCAGAUGCUGGAGGAGGACACCCUGUCAGAUCUAACUCUUGUGGGAGAAGGAGAUAUUAACAGCCCCAGCCUCAACUACAUCACUCCCUCCUCCCUGUCGAGUAAGCCCCUCCCCCGGCCUCAACACCAAGCACAGGACGGUCAGCCUUGCUCAGGUACCUCGCCGGUGUGAACUCUUAAGACCGCUGAACCUGCACCGCUCUCUUCACCUGACUGUUAGUGGGACUGGUGACCCACUAGAGUCAGUCUGGAGUUACUUCACUCGCCACUACUCACACGUGGCAGAAAAUGCAUCUGAAUCUCCUCCUUCCCUGCCACUAAAAUAAUUUUCAGUUUUUUAAAUGCUAAUUAGAAGUUUUAUUCCAGGACUGUCUAAAAAUACACACAACUAAUGUAAAAGAUCAGAGUGAAGAGCUUAAUUGCAAAGAGUAGAGAUUAGAUUUUAUUUAGACAGCAGUGAAUCUGAUAAUGUGAGGUGUUCAUAGGCCUAUCACAAUAACAAAUUUUGUUUGGACGAUAAAUUGUCCAAGAGAUUAUUGUGAUAAACGAUAAUAUUAGUUGUCUAGACGCAACUAAUUUAAUGAUAAGGGCAUAAUAAUUCAAGUUUGUCUUCUUAAAGAGUAAUAAACAUUUUUUUUUUUUUUAUGGAACACUUCACACUGGAACUAGAAGAUAUUUUUAAUACUCAAAAUAAACAACAACUAAAACAAUAAAAAAUUUUUUAUAAAAAUCUCAAACAACUGAAACCAUAAAUUAAAUGGAUUAUGAAAUCUCUGUAAACAAAACUGUCCUUCAAGAAACGCAAGUCAUCCGAAUGGAAAUAAUUGAGCUCAUUUAAAUUUAUCAUUACUAUUGCUUAUUGCGAUAGGCUUAAGUGUGCACUACUUCGUGCCCAGCAGUCCACUUUUAGAAUAAUAAAAUGUGUCAAAAAUACAAAGAGAGGAAACUAGAUGCAUUGAGCAUGGACAAAUUGUUCCCCUGUGAUUUUCUUGUGUGGUGUGUAUCUGUGUGGACUUUUUGACAGACUUGCUGUGGAUUACGUUUGCUUUGAGACAUAAGACUGAGGGUGAGGUUGGUAGAAACCUGUGCCAAAUUCACUCCUCCAGUCCCUAAAUGUACAAAAUCCUAACAAUGCACUUUAGCCAAUUGUAAACAAGACUUUAUUUGUAAUAUUUUUUCCUGUUACUCUUCUUUACUUUUCAUGUCUGUUUCAUUCUACAUGUGACUAAGCAGCCAUAGUUUUAGAAAAUCAUUAUUCUGGUUAUAGAGAUGCAUCGAUACAAAUGUUGGGGCUCGUUUCCAAUCCUCCGGUUUUUGUAAAACUUUGACCUGGCGAUGUGAUUGCACCCAAUUCCAAAUUCUCUUUAAGAGUAGCUACUUAAAACUCAAAUUUAUAAUGUUUCACUGUACUCUUCCUGCACAGAACAGUCAUUACCUAUUUUAUUAUGCAUUGGAGACCACUAGUACAUUUCUUUUAAUGUAUAUCGCUAAUAUAGCUAGUGUAUAUUACUGUUAGUAUAUGUCGUUAAUAGGGACCACCAUCUCUAUGAGAGAUUGGUGACUGUAAAAUUGGAUUUUGCUAUCUUUAAAACAAAAAAAACUAUUUUAGAGUCUUAAAUUAGCAUUAGCAUGGCUAGCAUUGUUAAAAUCCCAGUCUUCAAGUUCAUUCCCCAGAGUAGCUCCAUAUCUUAAUUUUACUAUUUUCCAAGAUAACCUGUAUUAUAAGUUCUAAAUAACACAACAGAGUAACUUUGGUUUAGCCUUCCUGUUAUCUGCUGAAGGUGUUUCUCUCUUUUGCAUCUGGAACCACAAAGAUUUCUCGACAUGUCGUAGAAAAUUUUUUCCUCUCAAAUCGCUUCUUAGAGUGUUGUGUGGUGCAGUGGUUAGAGCGGGCGCCCCGCGUACAGAGGCUACAGAUCUCGAUGCGGAAGCCCUGAGUUCGAGUCCCAUCCUCUGCACCUUUGCCACAUGUCUUUUCACGCUUUUCUCAGCCCUUAUUUGUUGGCUUACUUUCAAAUAAAGGCCACUAGAGCCCCAAAAAAAAAGUUUUUAAUGUAGAAAUGCCUACUUAAAUGUGUUUUCCUUGAGUUUUGAUAAACAUCUCACUGAAACUCAAAAUGGCUAACUUUGAGUCUUCUACACUCAGUAGCAACAUCCACGUUACGGAGAGUUAAUAUCACUGAAACAUGGUAGCACUCAUAUAUCAUUAAGAUGAAUGAUUGGAACAAGAUUUUAUUUUUGAUUUCCCAGCUGAUCAAACCGAAACUUGAUUCUGGUCACCAACCACUGGCUCGGUGCAUCUCUACUAAAUAGCCACUAGAAACUAAACGCCAGGAAGGUUCUGAAAAGCUCUAAGAAAAUAGUUCAGUUUUAAAGAGAUCAUAUAGUUUUUGACUUAAUGUAACAGCUGGCUGGUCUGACUCAAUAACACAGAGGCUUAACUACCUUUUUAUACAGUACAUGCGUUUUUUUAAACCCAUUUCCAUCAUUGUUCUCUUACCUCAGGCAUUUUGACUGUAUCGCAAGAACUUAUGUGUGCAAUCUUGCUCAUUGAUUAUGUGAUUUUUAAUAAUGUGCACUGGCUGUAAACAAGCAGCUUUUUUUUCUUAUUGAUCGACCAUCUCUUUUUCAGAUUAGAAAGCUUGGAGCUGUGUUUUCUGCAAGCUUCUAUCUGGACUCAUUUCGUAUGAAUUUUUAACUUUACUGUAUAAAUCCAUUAAUUUAUGCAUCAUGUUGUUUUCAUUGUUACCACCGGUUAAAAGUAUUAAUUUGUAUAUAGUUCCCUGAAAACCACCAUGUUGCAUUCUUAAAUGGCAUCACAGCCAUGCUGUCUCGUUAGGAAUCGGUUCAUCUGAGUUGACAUUGUGCUCUGUAAAUAGUUCAAAUAAAUGUUUCACACGUUUUACUCUCUGUAUCCUCAUGUGACCAACUUUCUGUCCUUUUCUAGUUUUCAGGAAUAUCAGCUUUGUUCCAGUUUUUCCUUUUCGGCACUGUGCCUCCUCUGCCCUGCUCUGUUUGAAAUUUUAUUCCGUAGCUAUUUACAAAACAAACUAGCAAAAAUAGAUAGUAAGCAGGGGGUGAUUUAUAGUCUUGGUCUAUUAUUAAUUUGUUUAAUUUGUUUAUAAAAAACAAUAUUUUAAUUUUUUUAUUGAUUUGCUACAAAAGCUCAAGUCACUCAAAGCAAAAAGCAAGCUUUUCCGUAUUAUAUUUAUUUCUUAGUGAAAGGGUACGAUCACACACAGGUCUUUUUCAUCUGGUGCACAUAAUUACAUUUAUUUAGCAUUUUGAAGGAAGUUUGCUGUGUUUAAAUCUUGGCAUUUAGUUUGGUGCUCCUGACUGUUGGAGUGAGAGUCAAACCCAAAGAAAGAUUUGAUAAGCUGCCUGAGUAUCUUGAAGGAAGAUGGUUGCAGCUUUUGAGUGUGCUAAAGGAUUCAAAGAGGUCUUGUAUAAUUCAAAACCCCUCACAACCCCAUAUGGAAAAAAGUCUACAUGAAAAACAUGUCUAGGUCUGGCUGUCUAAGCAAGCUGAUCCUAAAAGCAGACCGCAAGAUGCCAAAAGAAGUCACCAUAAGCCCUAAAAUGUCAUCACAGUUUGCACAGCAGGCCCUUGCUAACGUUGAUAUGAAAGUGUGUUCCUCUGCAGAGACUGUAUAAUUUCACUUUCACAAUAGUCUAAGACUGAACAGAGGAAAUGUUUGGUGUAAACCAUUACAGUAUCCCAAGACAAGAACAACAUCCGAACUGUAAAGCAUAGAGAGAAACCGGUAUUAAUUUUAGUGCAUAAUUAAAUGUCCAAGUUUAAACUGGAAAGCUUUGACUUUCCAUUCAUCAGAUGGGGACAGAGUAACGAAGCUCCACCAUUAAUGGUCGGCAUAAUAACACAGGGGCUUUCAGAGGUAGCAUUGUUAUCGCUUGAUAACAAUGCAUUUUAUGAUGUAUCGUUAUGAAACGAUACAUCAUAAAAUGCAUCGUUUGAUAACGUAAAACAAAAUCUACUUUUGUUUUAAGUUUGUCAUAUUUAUAACUCAGAAACAUGAAGCCAAAUCAUCUGUAACCCUGCAUUCUGCACUCAUUACAAAAAGAUGUAAGGAAUAAGUUAUUUUU